CUGAAUUUUAUACCAUAUUUAGCUAACUCUCCUUUCAGACGUAUUGCCAUAACACACCUGUUAAUAAUCCAUACAGUCCUAAGUCAGCAUGGACACAUGGAAAAGCACAGAUGAAGAUGAUAUAAAAUUGUGCAGGACGUGAUAAAUUGAAGCACUUUAUCUUGUUUUGAUAUGCCGCCGGUUGAUAGUCGAAGAACUGUACCGGGCCCGCAAUCUUUAGUAUCUUAUCUCUUUUUCAAGUAGGUAGUUAUUUGAUUGUGAAACCAAUCUAUUCAUCUAGUAGUUAUCUGUGUAUCUAUUUAAAAGUUUAUCUAAUCAUCAUCGUGAUAAUCUAGGUUGGACUGUCCGCCGCAGACUUCGUUUCUGCGUGCUCUGCACUAGCAACCGUGUAUUUAGAAUAUCGAGACAUACCGCGCAUUGAGUCGAGCAGCGGAGUAAGGCAUUUUUUGCUUGUCGACCUUAGUGUGACUCUUGUUGGUGACCAUGUCCCUGUGCAAGAUAUUGUUUGCGCCCCGUUGCAUUGAUGAACAUGUUCCAAGGAGCAGGAGUUCUGCAUGGCAAAUCGUUUAAUUAGCUGAAAAAUAUAUGGAUAUGACAAACAAAGUCUAUUAAAGCAGCGUUGUGCAGGAACCAAACUAGCUACGAUAGAAGCUCAGUACAAUAAUACACAUAUAGAAGGUUCAACUAACGGUCUAUGGCCAUACAUUUAAGCCUGAAUUGCUGUUCCUAUAAGUAGUAAUGCUCUACGCCAUUUUGAUGAUACUUUGAGAAGAAAAGAAGAGUGCUUUGUACAUCUUUUUUAAACAGCGGUUAAAGAGUAUUGUCACCAAACGGACAAACGGAGAAGUGUCGAAUCCAGGUAGUAAGAACAUAUAUCAUAUCAUGUGUGGUUUUGACCAGACCGUUAUGUUAAAAAGUUCGUUUUAGAUCUAGUACGGUACUCCCAUUCCCAUUUAUUAUCCUAUUGCAGGAUUUUCCUCAGCUUCGUCAAAAGCCCGUGUUAUUGUAUUGUGAACGGAUAUGUCGUGUCGAGAAGCUUUCUUUGCCCUUCAUUAGCGAAUUUAGUGGACUGCCACAUUAACUUUAGCCAUUAGUUCUAUUUAUUACAUUUUUUUUGACUAACACUUCUAUGAGAUAAAAAACUGAAGGCACCCUUGCAAGGAUACUGCUGCAGAUCACCUUGUGUUACUUAAGGAUUGCCGGUCCAAUGACGAGGAAACUCUGGGGUUACCAUGGCAUCGCGACGAGCUCCUGUUGUUUCGAGCGAUUGUUUACUGAGAAACACGAAUGGGUAGAAGUGAAUGACGGCUUGGGUACGGUUGGUAUCUCAGAUCACGCCCAGGAAGCUCUUGGAGAUGUCGUCUACGUGCAACCGCCCGAAAUCGGCCAAGAGCUGUGUCAGGGUUCCGAAUGUGGUGCUGUCGAGUCCGUGAAGGCAGCAUCAGAAAUUUACUCACCCGUAUCGGGCGUCGUAGAAGAGAUCAACAAAGCACUCGAGGAUAAACCCGCAUUGAUUAACUCUUCCUGUUACAAAGAUGGGUGGAUCUUUAAGCUGAGGCUCAGCAAACCUGAGGAGCUUGAGAGCUUAAUGAAUGAAAAAGUGUACGAAAAUUAUCUUAAAACUACCGCUCACUAGCGCAUUUACAUUGUCAUAAACGUUUCUGAAGGUGGAUCUAUAAGGAAAUAAAUUGUAAAUACCGUAUUAGUAUUUUAAUGAA